CAGACACCACACACAGCUUGUGUCCAGCACGUGUGUGGGCUUGUUAUGGAGGAGAGACUGGAGAACUAUGAGAGUUGUGCCAGAAGAAUUCAGGCGUACUGGAGAUGUUUCAGGGACAGACGGCUCUUCAGGCUCCUGAUGAACACUGUGCGCUCAGCGUGUCUGGCAUCAGCAGUUCUGCGUCAGCUCAGUCCCAGAGAAGCUGAACUGCUGAAAGACCCCAGUCUGAAGUGCAAGAUCAGAUUCAGGUAUGAACUUCUUUUGUUCAGGUUUGCAGGUCCUCAGUUUCCACCUUCACUUGUCUUCAAGAUUUUCCACAUUGGAGGAGGAGGACACUAUCUGUCUGGCAAAAAAGUCUUUUCUCCCUCCAACCAGUAUUCCAGCCACCUGGAUGAGCUUCCAGCAUGUGUAGGAGGAAGGGAAAACGGAUGGAGGUUCCUGUCUCUGAAGGUGCUGUCCCGGGACGUCAUGCUCAGAGAGGGUGUGAAGCCAGGAACAAGAGACAGGUUGAAGACGGUAUUGCCGUUUAGCAGUCUCGCCCGCUCUCAUUUUGCUGGACAGCAGCUCUCACACAGAGGUUCCCGGGUCUCUACACGACAAUCUGCCCGUGCUCAAAACACUGCGGCUCGCAAGAGACGCCUCUACGGCCUGAGUGAGGCUGAAAGAUUUGCUGAGAAAGUGGACAUCAAGAUCGUUCUGCCAUCAGUCGAGACGGAAGACUACAACUCAUCCGAGUCUGAAUGGGAGGAAGAGGCUGAGAAACUGUGCAACUGGUCAAAACAACUGAACAUAGAUGCUUUAGAAACGCCUGCAUUCAUUCAGAUGGAGAAAUAACAUUUUACACUAGGAGAUGCACUGAUUUAGGUUUGAUUUUCAGUAAAUACUACAACCUAGUGCAUUAUUCUGAGAUGCUUUCAUUGAAAAUUAAUGUUACCUGUUCAACUGGUCAAAACCAACUGGAUAUCGAUGCUGUUGAUACACCUGAGCUCGUGUAAAUGGAGAAACAAUGUUUUAUAGUUGUAGAGGUCCGGAUUAAUGUCAACACAUGGUGACAGUAUUUGAACAUUUUGGCUCUUGCUUUAUCCCACUUCUCACACAUGCACUCUCUAAAGACUGUACUGUACAGUAGUAAUUUUCUGCACAUUUUUAUUUCUCAUGAAAUAUAUACACCACGUGCUACGAGUUGCAUCCAAGCAUGACCAGAAGAUGCAUUGCAUCAUUCAAACCUUACGCACAACUGUUUGUGUGUUGCCUUAAUUUCCAGACUCUCAUCUUGUUGCAGUCUUUUGCAAAUUAAAGGAACAUGCACGUCC